AUGCGCUCCGAACCUACACACCACGCUGCUGCUUCUGCUCUAGCAGCAGCGAUGAUCGCCGAGCUGAGGACAGAUGAAACAUUCCUAUCACUGCGCGUGCAGAAGGGAUAUCUCUGCAAUGCGUUGCAAAGCCUGUUAAUGGAGUACUCGAAUGCCUGGAACUGCGUGGUCGCAUCUUGUGAGAUCCUACGUACCAGAAUAUUCAGUACCGUCAAAGGGGCCAUCCAGAUUGUUGUGGAAGAAAGCUCGUCUUGGGAUUGUGACAACUCUCUGCAAGCAUAUCUGAGCAGGGACCUUGAAGUGCCCAUGGGCUACGGUUCCCCUCUUUCUCGCUGGGGCAUCAUUGGAGAGCAGAAGGAAGCCACAGAGCGGUUCAUGGUUCUGAGUCUUCAUCAGUCCAUCCAUGACGACCAAACUGUGACUGUGCUCUUUAAACGACUAUGUCAUGAAUACGAGACCCUAGGUGACGGUGGAGAGACUUUACAGCGUCACGUUCCAUCAAUCUUUCUCAAUGCUUCUGUUCAACCACCGACGGCAAACCAGGAUGCGAAAAAUAAAUCUAGUCCUGCCUGGUGGAAGGCAGAAGCAGUGCGCGACUCUCUCACUGGAGGUGUGGACUGGGUUCCACAGCAAGUUUGCGCAUCUUCUAUCGUCGAGCACGAAGCGAUGAUCCUGGAGCUGGACAUGUCAACUCCCCAUCUUUCACACGUGCUAUACUCGGCAUGGGCAAUCAUCAUCAGCACAUAUGCUCAAGCUUCGGAGGUGACGUUUGGAACAGUUGUCUCUCACCGUGAUCAAAGCACUUAUGAUGGCACGAGCGUUGAAUCCACAUCCCCAGAGAUUGCCUUGCUGCCAGUAAGCAUCUCAGUUCAGCAAGCAAACACGACGAUGCAACUCCUAGAUCAAGUUCGCAAGAUUGACUAUAGUCACGAAAGUGCCGAAAUGCCUUGGACAGAGCCACUUGCUAGCCUACUCUGUAUUCGAGACCCAAUUCCGAAGGCCUUUCGGUGUGGUGACCAAACCCUUAGUCUGUUUCGCCCGACGACGCGCAAAUACCCAUGUCCGCUGGUCCUGGAUUGUCAUGGCGGACAAUGCCUACGAGUUGUGGGUCAUUUUGAUGAGUCCAUCUUCACCACGCAGGGUGUGCGACGCCUACUGCAGCAGUUUGUCCAUGUAGUGCGGCAACUGUCAUCUUCCUCCCACUCGCCGAGGGUCCAGGAUGUAGAAGUCCUGAGUCCCGAGGAUAAGCAGCAGAUUUGGAAAUUGAAUGGUCAACCUAUUCCAUCCGUCAACCGUUGUCUUCACCAUGUCUUCGAGGAGGUUGCAGCGAGGCAUCCCAGUCGCAUAGCAGUCAAUGCAUGGGACGGUGUACUCACGUACCAGCAGCUCAAUGAGCAGUCAACUCGUCUCGCCCAUCAAUUACAGAGAAUCGGCGUCGGGCCUGAGAUUAUAGUUGCCAUAUGUCUUGAUAAGUCCAAGCAGGUUCCAGUCUCUAUUCUCGGGAUUCAAAAGGCCGGCGGCGCCUGCCUCACCUUCGACACUCAACAGCCUGUGAGCAGGUUAAGGUCGAUUAUCAGCGAUGGUGGAAUUGGCAUCAUUCUUGCCGAUAAAUCACAUAUGUCACUGUGUGAAAGCUUGGUCCCCCGGGUUAUAUGCGUGGAUGAAGAGGCGCUGAAAUCCCUUCCCCAACCUCUCACCCUAGGCGAGAGUACACUGAGAGCAAUAAGUGUUCAGCCCUUCAACAGGGCUUUUGUUCUGUAUACGUCUGGAAGCACAGGGACUCCCAAGGGAAUUGACGUGCCCCACUCGGCAAUGUGCACUUCAACCUUAGCCUUCGCACAGGCCUUCAAUGUCUCAUCGGACUCGCGGAUAUUCCAGUAUUCCAGCUAUGGUUUCGAUGUCAGUGCUGGGGAUAUGUUCCUGGCCGUGCUUCAUGGCGCGUGUCUCUGUAUACCCUCGGAAUAUGACCGAGUGAACCAGCUAGAGCUCUCCAUCUGCCACUUGAAGGCUAAUUGGUUAUGCACAACACCUUCUGUCUUGGGGCUUCUAGACCCCGACAAUGUCCCUUGCCUGGAGACGGUGGCCAUUGGGGGUGAAGCUCUGCCGAAGAACAUCACUCUUCAAUGGGCACCACGACUUCGGUUUCAUACCGGUUAUGGGCCAAGCGAAACAGGGGUCUUCGCAUCUGUCCUCGAAGUUCAGAAUAAUCAGCAUCCAUACUCCAAUGUCGGACGUGCCAUGGCUUGUCAUCAUUGGAUUGUCUCCUCGGACGACUGCAAUCGGUUGGCACCACUGGGAUGUCCCGGGGAGUUAAUUAUUGAAGGCCCCACUGUUUCUCGGGGGUAUCUGAAUCGCCCUGAGCUCACAGCACGCGUCUUCCCCCGCCAGCCAGCUUGGUUUGACCGUCAAGUAGGCCGCCUGCCAUCUCGCUUUUACCGGACGGGUGACAUUGCCAGACACAAUGACGAUGGGACGCUCAUCUUUUUAGGUCGUCGGGAUGCUCAGAUCAAAUAUCAUGGUCAGAGAAUUGAACUCGGCGAUAUCGAGUUUAGCAUCAACCAACAUGAGCUGGUCAGGGAUGCGGUGGUACUGUACCCAUCGGAUGGCCCAUAUGCUGGCAGACUAACAGCGGUUGUCGCACUGGAUAAGGACUUCUUGUCAUCUCCUUUGUCUGAUGAGGCUCCGCUUCUCAUCGACCCAUGGAUGCUACAGCGUCAACUUGAAAAUGUUCGGAAAUCCACUCAAAUGAAGCUUCCUCCCUAUAUGUGGCCAACUGAGUGGCUCCUCAUGUCAAGGCCACCUUUGAACAUGAAUGGUAAACUGAAUAGGAAGGAGAUCUUGAACAGCGUGAAGAGGAUGGCGCAGCCUCGGACCCAGCAGCCGCCUCCAGAAGCUUCACACCCCCUGACUCCUUCUCAGAGUCCCUUUCUUGACGAGUCAGAGCAUUUGAGCCAGGGUCAGCAGGUGCUCCAGAUGGAAUGUAGUGCUAUAUUGCAACUUCACCGCUCUCAGGUCCCAAUGGAAUCCACAUUCGUGAGCCUUGGGGGCGACUCGCUCAUGGCAAUUCAAUUAGUCACAGCCUGUCGGAAGAAGGGCGUCGAAAUCGAUGUCCGAGAUAUCCUCAGGGGUGUUGAGCUGAGGGACGUUCCCUAUAGCGCACCUGAGCUUUCAAGGGCGGUAUCACUCGCACCGCAGCAGUCUGGGUUCCCCGCAGAAAGCUUCGCAAAAGGAACUGACAUAUUCGAUGCGUUUAGUCUUAGCCCCCAGAGUGUCUCCAGAAUCAGUGGCAUUUCAAGUCACGAUAUACAGGCCGUCUACCCUUGCUUGCCCAUGCAACAGGGCAUUCUCAUGAGUCAGUCUCGUGACCAGGCUUUAUAUCAGACAACACACGUAUUUGAGAUUACGGGUCGUGCAAGUCAUGAAGCUAUAUUGAAUGUGCAGACAAUUAUUUCCGCUUGGCGCAUGGUUAUCGAGAGGCAUGAUGCUCUCAGGGCCGUCUUCAUGGAGUUUCCAACUCACACAGAGCCUUUUGUUCAGGUCAUCCUACAUCAUCCAGUGGUUCAAAUUACACAGCAUUCCAGCAAACACGACAUACUAAGCUUGCCAGAGGAACCAUUUCCUGACUUAAAACCGCCGCAUAGGCUUCGUUUAGCACCCUCUGGGAAAGACGCCUUUGUCUGUAAAUUGGAAAUGAGCCAUGCAAUAACGGAUGGCAGCUCGAUGGAUCUGAUAUUUCAGGAUCUUGUUCGAGCCUGUGCUGCGUCCAAUCCUCUUCCAGAACCCGUCUCCAAGUCAAGCUAUGGCGACUAUAUCGGCUAUCUUCGCAACCAAAAUAGGGAUGCUGGCUUGGAAUACUGGAUGAAGUAUCUUGAGGGAACAGACACCUGCCACCUUAAAUUGCCGACCUUGAACCACUCCUCAGCACCCCCGAAGCUGCAAUCGUACAGCAUUGAUAUUCCAGUGGAGCAGUUGGCCAUUAUCGAGUUGAGGCGGCGGAGCAUGACUAUUGCAGAUCUUCUCCAGCUAACUUGGGCAAUUGUCCUUAGAUUAUAUACCGACCAACGCGAAGCAUGCUUUGGAUAUAUAUCCUCGGGCAGAGCAGUGCCAGUGAAUGACAUUCGUGACGCCGUGGGGCCAUUCAUUAACCUGAUAACCUGCCGACUGACUGUUGAUUAUGAGCAGACCCCUGCUCAGCUGAUGUUAGCACUGAAAGAUGACUUCAUCUCCAGCAUCCCCCAUCAACACGUCUCCCUGGGAGAUAUUUGGCAUGCCGUCGGCAGAUCUGGAGUGAGCCCCUUCAACACCCUGAUAUCCAUCCUCAAUGCAACAGGCCCGGAACUCUGCAGCGAGACGAAGAUGACUUUGAAGAGCUUGGAGGUCCACGACCCAACAGAGUACGACUUGACGGUCACAUCGUAUCUCUCUCCGGGACUCGCGACACUGCGCUUCGACUACUGGAAUGACAAGGCCUCCAGUGAUUCAAUAAAUAGACUCGCGCACACAUUUCGCCACGUCUUUCAUACGGCCGGCUCCAUGCUCGAUUCACCACUCAAGUCAUUGAGCUUGAUCAGCGACAUGGAUCUUCGACAGAUCGUUGACUGGAACAGCAACACUCCCCUGGCCGUGGAGAAAUGUAUUCAUGAGGUCAUAUCUUCACGUUCCUCAACAGCGCCGCAAAGUCCAGCCUUGUGUUCCUGGGAUGGGGAGUUAACCUAUAAAGAAAUGGACGCCAUUUCGGACACGUUUGCCCAGUCUCUAAGACGUAUGGGUGUAGGAGCAGAGGUCGCAGUUCCUCUAUGCUUCUCCAAGUCUUUCUGGGCCAUUGUGGCAAUGAUCGCCAUUCUCAAAGCAGGGGGUGCAAUUGUUCCCCUUGAUCCAUCCCAUCCCAUCUCGCGACGGUUGGAGAUAUGUCGUCAGGUCAAGGCGCAAAUGAUUCUGGUUCCAAGUGACCGCAGUAUGCAAGAAGAGUGGUCUGAGUCACAGCUAUAUAGGGUGGAAAUCUCACAGCCCCGGUACCAACAACUACUGACAGAGAAGUCCAUUGGGGCAGGGAGUCUUCAGAUUGAAAACAUUCCCCGGAGUUCGCCGGCCCACAGCGCAUAUAUUGUCUUCACCUCGGGUACGACAGGAACCCCCAAGGGCAUCGUCACGGAGCAUGGUGCAUUCUGCUCCGGGGUUGCAGCUCGAGCGCAGGCGAUCAUGCGCUCCUCCAAGUCUCGAAUUCUCCAAUUCGCCUCUUUUGCCUUUGACACCUGUUUAGAAGAUAUCUUGACCACACUAAUGCAAGGUGGAUGCGUCUGUCUCCCCUCGGAGCAAGAGCGUCUGAGUGACCUUCCAGGAGCGGUACGACGGAUGAAUGUGAAUACAGCGGAACUGACUCCCUCGGUGGCCAAGUUGCUCCAACCCAAGGAUGUUCCAUCAUUAGAGACAUUGAUCUUGGGCGGAGAACAGGUGACUGCAGACCUCAUCCUGCAAUGGGCUGAGGUUGUCACUUUGAUCAAUUCUUAUGGACCAGCGGAGUGCUCCGUGACCAGUGUGGUCUCUCCUCCCUAUGAGCUAGAGGCAAAAGAUCACCAUGCGAGCAAUAUCGGAUUCGGGGUCGGAGCAUUAACAUGGGUUGUGGACAGUCAAGAUCCCAACCAGCUAGUCCCGAUAGGUGCUGUGGGCGAGCUGCUGCUUGAAGGGCCAGUUCUGGCCAGGGGCUAUCACGAAAGGCAGGAUCUGACCGACGCCAGUUUCAUCACCGAUCCUGCAUGGUCAAGGCAGUCGCAGCCUCGUUCUCCCCGACGGUUCUAUAAAACGGGGGACCUGGUGCAGUAUGCUCCUGACGGAUCCCUAGUCUGCCUUGGGCGCCGAGACGAUCAGAUCAAACUUCACGGUCAGCGCAUCGAACUGGAUGAGGUCGACUCUUACCUCCAGUUGCAUUAUCCGUGGAAAGGAGGUGUUGCCUCUUGUGUGGCAUUGAGCCCAGUGGACCCUGAGAGACGACUCAUUGUUGCCUUCUUCUCAAUGUCCCUGCAGCCAUGGCAGACCGAGCCUGACUUUAAUAUACUGCCGCUCUCUGGCAGUAUACGCGAGGAAAUCAUCAACCUGCAAACGCAAGUGGCAUCUUCUCUCCCGACAUACAUGCGACCAAGCAUUUAUAUCCCCGCGAACAGGAUUCCCACCAACACCGCGGGCAAAACAGACCGCGCCACCUUGGCCAAAGCAGUACAGACGCUGUCGGAGACGCAAUACCUAGACUACUCGCUCGCCUUUGCAUCAGGCCAUCAUCAGCCUGAGACGCCUGAGCAGCGCAUGCUUCAGUCACUAUGGUCUCAGCUGCUUACACUCCCGCCCCAGCGAAUAGGAAUACAUGAUGACUUUUUUCAACUUGGGGGCGAUUCUAUUUUGGCGAUGAAGCUGUCCUCCCUGGUUGGAAAGCGUGAUACUGUGCUCAAUGUUGCGGAUGUCUUCCGUUAUCCCACACUACGCGAGAUGUCAGCCAGGCUCACCGAGAUAUCGCACUCUCAUCCGCCACCUGUUUCAUCAAAACCAGUGGAUCAAGAUCCCAUGCCUUUCUCGCUACUGCCAUGUAAUUGGCCUGACGAGGCUCUUGAGGAGGAAAUCGCCACCGCCUGCCAGGUUUCCAGAGACAAUAUCGAAGAUGUUUAUCCUUGCUCAGCGGUCCAGGAAGGCCUGAUGGCGUUGUCAAUGCGGCAGAAAAAUGCUUAUGUUGCUCGUCUGGUUUAUAGCAUCCCUCCCGGCACAUCUCUGGCGCGUCUGCAGUGCGCAUGGCAGCUGGUGGCCUCUCGGCACUCGCUAUUGAGGACACGCAUCAUUCUUUCUCGCCGAUUUGGGACUCUUCAAGUUGUCUUGAAAGCAGACGACACUGAUAAAGACACGGUUGCAUGGAAGGAUACACAUUAUAGUGACUUGCAGUCGUUCCUCGAGGAGGACAAGGGGGUUUCUAUGACGUAUGGCUCAACCCUAUCGCGAUGUGCCAUUGUGACCACACCGAACCAAGCCAAGUUCUUUAUUUGGACGGUGCAUCACGCCCUGUACGAUGGCUGGCUGCUUCCUAUUAUAAUGCAAAGAGCAGCGGAAGCGUAUCGUGCCCCAGAAAGUGCAGCUGCAUGGUCCAUCGUGCCUUUCCGUUGCUUUAUUGCAUAUCUCGAGACCAGAGACCGGUCCGCCUCGGAGAAUUACUGGGCUAACCAGUUGGAAGGGUUUAGACAAGUUGAAUUUCCUGCAGGGAAUAUGACAUCAAGGAAGGAGCGCCGUGAUAUGUCAAAGGUAUACCACCGCAUACGUCUCGGGAGGCGCCCGAGACGCCGGUUCACUACUGCAAUCAUCCUUCGCGCCGCCUGGGCCUUUUUGAUAAGCAAAUACUCCGAGUCCGACGAUAUCAGCUUUGGAGUUACCUUAAGCGGACGAACAGCUCCAGUGGAAGGGAUUACCAGCAUAGCGGGGCCUACAUUGACCACGGUUCCAGUCCGUGUUCAUAUCGACAGUGAGCAAUCUGUGGUGGAAUUCCUUCAAAAUAUACAAUCACAGGUCACGGAGAUGAUGCCACAUGAGCAUACUGGCCUUCAGAGGAUUCGGAAGCUAAGCCAAGGCUGUCUGGAGGCAUGCGAUUUUCAGAACCUGCUCGUAAUACAGCCAGCGGACGAGAAGACCGAGUCAACUGCAGAACAAAGUGUUUUCGGGCAGCCGGUUGACGAGGCUGGCGCUAAUUCCCAUUUCCACACCUAUGCCUUGGUCAUGUCAUGCACAUUUUCUGAACAUGAGGUGGACCUUGAAGUCAUCUUCGAUCCGAUAACUAUCUCACCGGGGCAGGCUGAGCGCCUGGCGCUUCACUUCGAUGCCAUAUUCCAAACCUUUUGGUUGUUCGACAAAGGCGUAACGAUCGGACAGGUAGAAAUGAUCACCGAGCAGGACCGAGAGCAGAUUCAGGCGUGGAACAAGAAGGAGCCGCAACUCCAGCCACGCCUGGUGCAUGAGGUGAUUGAAGAGCGGGUGCUUCUCCAUCCAGAUUCUGAAGCCGUGCAUGCAUGGGAUGGCUCUCUCACAUACCGUGACCUUCAUCGAUACUCCUCCCAACUAGCACGGACGUUGCAACUGGAGUAUCACGUUGGGCCCGAACGGCUGGUACCAGUACUGUUCGAGAAAUCGGUUUGGGCAGUAGUGGCCAUGCUGGGAGUCAUGAUGGCCGGGGGUGGGUUUGUUCCUCUAGAUGUCUCCCAUCCGCUAGACCGAAUGAACGACAUUAUUGCGCAGUGCAACGCGGACUUGGCUCUAGUCUCGUCAGAAACCUCAGGGACUCCUCUCUGUACGGCUUCUAAACUGGUAGUCUCACAGAACAUGUUCCGUGGCCUGGACGCUGGAGGACAUGAGACUAACCAAUAUAGCACCAAAAUCCCCGACAUCAGGCCGGCUCACUACUUUCCCGGCCUACAGCCACAUGUUCUAGAGACAUCCAAGCAAGAGUCCGGAGACCAGAUAUCCGAACGUACAGGCUCACCUCGAGACUCAUCGCCGCGCACGCCGAUCUCGUUCCCUUGGCACUCGGCAGGACCGGAGACGCCACUUACCUUCGAUAUGUUGACUCCCGGAAGCAAUAUAUCGGGAAGGGCAGCUCAGCCGGACGACAGUGAUCUGACCGAAAGUGAUCGUGUCCAGCCACAGAACGUCGUUUAUGUCAUUUUUACCUCCGGCAGUACUGGAAAACCAAAGGGUGUGGUCAUCCAGCACGAUCAAUUCUGCUCGGGCGUGUUGGGGCCCCGGCAAGAAGCCCUUCUCCGCUCGGAGCAGAGUCGAGUGCUUCAAUUUGCGUCCUUCAGUUUUGAUACCAGCUUGGAGGAUAUUAUCACGACUCUGUUCUUUGGUGGAUGCGUCUGCAUUCCUUCGGAGGAUCAUCGCAUGAAUGAUAUUGCCGGGUUUAUCAACAAAUCAAGGGUCAACACGGCCCACAUCACGCCAUCCUUCGCGAAUACCCUUUCACCCCAGUUGGUGCCAGGCCUGAAGUACCUGCGUCUCGGUGGAGAAAGGAUGACGCCGACUCAUAUCGAUAAAUGGGCGCCAGCUCUAGAGUUGAGGAACGUCUACGGUCCCACCGAGACCUGCAUCACGGCCACAUGCAGUGGAACGGUAACCACAGCUUCAGACCCCAUUGAUAUCGGUCGUGGGGUCGCGGCUCUCACUUGGAUUGUGAAUCCGGAUAACCAUCAUCAACUCACCCCGGUCGGCCUAGUGGGAGAACUGCUCGUGGAGGGCCCUCUGUUAGCCCGAGGGUACCUCGGAGAUAUCAACAAAACAAACGCAUCCUUCAUCACUGAUCCGACAUGGGCACGUACCCCAGACAAUUCAAAGAGCCCUCGCCGAUUUUACAAGACAGGCGAUCUUGUACGGUACAGCGAGGCAGGAACCCUUCUCUACAUCGGCCGCAAAGACACACAGGUCAAGAUCUAUGGGCAACGAAUCGAAAUCGGUGAGAUUGAGGAUCACCUGAAAAGGGCCCUUCUGCCCCAAACAAUUGAGAUGGCCGUCGAGGUGACGAGCCUACAGGCUGAUGCUCUCCAACGCAAAGUCCUCGUUACAUUCCUCUGUCUAGACGAUUCAUUCAACAAGGAUGGCGCUGUUCUGAUGUCCCUGACGCCGGCCGUGAAGAAACAAGUCCAGAAGCUUACCUCGAAACUCGUUCUUUACCUGUCUAAGACGCUCCCAGCCUAUAUGAUUCCUUCACGCUAUGUGCCUCUCCGCUCCAUGCCACGAACACUGGCUGGCAAGGCAGACCGGCGUAGGCUGCAGCACCUCCUCAACUCGAUGAGCACCGAAGACCUAUUGGCGUACUCGCUCGAGGGUGGGGAGAAGCAGCCGUUAGAAUCCGAAACCGAGUUCCGGCUCCAGAAACUCUGGGCCGAAGUUCUGAGCGUUGAUACGAUGAUGAUUGGGAGCCACCACAACUUUUUCCGUCUUGGGGGCGACUCAAUCACGGCCAUAAGGCUUGCGGCCGCGCUCCGUGAUGACGGUAUGUUUCUGACUGUUGCAGACAUUUUCAACCACCCCGAAUUACGCCAUAUGGCCGCCCAGAUUGAUGCUCAGGGCCAGGGCACAAAGCAGGUGCCAGGAGCAACGCCAGGGGCUCACGAGGAUCUACGCCCAUGUGGGCUUCUGGCCCCCUCGCCGACUUUGCUAUUCAAUUUGUCAAAAGUCUGGGAUAUCCCAGAGGACAUGGUUCAGGAUGUCUACCCCUGCACUCCCCUCCAGAUUGAAAUGCUAGCUGCUGAAGGGCGCCACAGUCAAUCAACUUACGGCUCACAGGCUGCCUAUGACUUACCGCUAGAUAUUGACCUGGAUCGCUUCAAAAAGGCCGUCGAGACUGUAUGUCACCAGCAUGAUAUCCUACGAACCCGAAUUGUCUAUCUCGAGCCUCAUGGCACCGUGCAAGUGGUCACAAAAGACGGACUACGAUGGGAGUACGGAGAUGGCAUUGACAAGCUUCUUACACAAGGGUCUUCGUUUGGCCUGGGCACCGCAUUGAUUCGGGUCGCCCUGUGCCCGUAUAGUAGUCAUGAAUCCGCGGGAUGGACCUUCUUCUUAACCAUGCAUCAUUCGCUCUAUGACGGCUGGAGUCUCUCCCUUAUCCUCCAGCAAGUCAAUGAGGUGUACCAAUCCGGCUCCCUGUUAUCUCAACGCCCCAGGCCUCGCUUCAGAGACUUUAUUGGCUAUCUGGGAAGCUUGGAUCCAGACCUCAGCAGCCAGUACUGGACAUCCACUCUGACCCAGUCUUCUGGUUCCUCUGACCUCCCAUCGCAGAACGGUACGGUCGAGGAGCUAGAUUCUAUAGAGGAAUAUCACUGCAACAUGCUAGAUUUCGAGCAGGAGGGCUCGAGGCUUGAAGUGACGCCCGCCAUAGUUCUCCGAGCCGCAUGGGCCCUGGUCAUCACAGCCUAUACUGGGAGCAGUGACGUUCACUUCGGACUCUCUGUGGCGGGACGAAAUGUGCCUGUUAAGGACAUUGACCAAAUGGUGGGGCCCACCUUGGCCACAAUUCCCUGCCGAUUGCAAAUCAAUCAUGACUGGACCGUUGAAGGUUUUCUCAACCAUGUUAAUCAAUCCAUGAUCGCUGCCAUUCCCCACGAACACUUUGGGCUCCAGCAAAUCGCGAAGUUGGGACCGGAUUGCUCUCGCUGCUGCGAUUUCAACAGUCUCCUGGUCAUUCAGCCGCAGAUACAGGCGAAGACGCUGGGAAUUUUCGCCUGUUCCCGGAGCUCAGACCCCAUAUCUCGAGGCAACGACCAGCCAUAUCCUGUGGUGGUGGAGUGCGACAUGCAGGAGGCAGGAGGAUGGAAGGUGCACGUCUUCUACCGGAAAGCAUUCAUCUCUGCCUCAUCAUUGCAGCGCAUCGUCUACCUUUUCCAGCACCUGGUGGAGCAACUCUACCUAUCUCCUAAUAUGCGUCUUGCUGACCUGUCUCUGGUUAGCUCUACCGACUUGGGGCUCAUUGGCAGCUGGAAUUGCUCUGUUCCUGCGCCUGUCAACACCACUAUUAUUGAAAUGCUUUCUAAUUCCACGAAGCAGCACGCUGAUCUCCCAGCCAUACACGCAUGGGACGACGCAUUCACAUACAGUCAGCUUGAAAAGCAAUCUCAGCGGCUCAGUCACUAUUUGCGGCUGUGUGGGGUCCAGCGCGGCUCCUUCGUCCCCAUCGUGAUGCCGAAAUCGGCGCUCUAUAUUAUCACUGUGCUGGCGGUGAUCUCUGAAGGCGCGGCUUUUGUCCCAGUCGACGCGUCGAGCACCCCCCGAGAUAGGAUGAUGAAGGUACUCGAGCAGUGUAACGCGAGUGUGGUGAUAGCAUCCACCGCGAGUGCGAGUGAUAUUGUCGAAUCAGGACGACUUCGGGUGUUACGCAUUUCCCAUCAACUUCUGCGUCGGCUGCCAGAUGGACAACCUGCAGGGCUAAGCAGAGCCGGAGCCGAUGAUCCUCUCUACUGUGUUUUCACAUCGGGGACGACUGGUUCACCCAAGGGAGUGGUCGUCACUCAUGGGGCGUAUGCCUCUUCGACAGCAGCCAAGCAGAAAGCCUUUAAGCUGGAUGAGACCACCCGGGUCCUGCAAUUUUCUUCCAAUGCGUUCGAUGCCAGCAUUGACGAUAUUUUCAUAUCCCUCCUAAGUGGCAGUUGUCUUUGCGUGCCGUCGGAAGCGGAGCGCCGUGACAACCUGUCGCAGUUCAUUGUGGACACGCAGGUCAACUAUGCCGCCAUGACCCCCACGGUGGCCCGGACUCUGGAUGUGCAGAAAGUCUCUCAAUGCCUCACCAAGCUUCGACUGGGAGGUGAGAAGCUGACAAGUGCUGACCUUACGGACUGGGUGGGUGUAGGGGUCAACGUGAAAAGUCUCUACGGACCGACCGAGUCCUGUGUCUGUUGCUCGGCCUCUCCCUCAUUUCUCUCUGAAAACACCGAUCCGGCGAACAUUGGAUGGGGUCUGGCGUGUCGCACUUGGAUUGUGGACGUACACAAUCCCGAUCGUCUGGCUCCCAUUGGUGCCGUUGGUGAACUCGUCAUCGAAGGACCAGCACUCGCGAAGGAAUACUUGAAUGACCUGGAGAGAACCUCACAGGCAUUCAUCAACCUGCCUCUCUGGCUGCCGAGCAUAGGGGGCAGUUCAUCAUCCAAGUCGAAGGGCUACAGAACCGGAGAUAUGGUCCGCUAUAGAGAGGAUGGAAGCUUGAUCUACAUUGAGCGCAAGGAUACUCAGGUCAAGCUCAGAGGGAUGCGACUGGAUCUCGAGGAGGUGCAGCACGCGCUGAGAGACCUCAAUCUCCCCGGUAUUCAAGACCUUGUGGUCGAGAUUAUUCCUCGAUCUAUAGCGCCUGACAUUCUGGCGGCAGAUAUCCUGACGCUUGCCAUCUUUUCAGAUAAACACCGCGGCGAAGAGCAUCAUCUGGAUGCUAUCCGGGGCAGUCUCACAAACCGGCUUCCUGAGUACAUGAUUCCGACGCAUCUCCUGCUCCUCGACAGCCUCCCAACAUCUCCUUCGGGCAAGACAGACCGGCUGGAAGUGCGUCGUCUUGCCGUGGAGCAGCUCCGUCAACAGCAACAGCAGCAGCAGCAAUGCUUGAACCCUGAUGACAAGGGGAAGAUGGGCUCCCAAGGGGUGGAAGCACCAAUGGAUACUUUCCGUACGCUGCGAUCCAUAUGGGCCGAUAUCCUGCAACAUGAUCUGUUGUCCAUUGGACCAGAUGCGAACUUCUUUCAGCUGGGGGGUGAUUCUAUUCUAGUAAUGCGCCUGGUUGCGCAUGCCCGAGCCCAUUCCAUUGAUAUCGGUUCUGCAGACGUUCACCAACUUCAGACCUUGUCGGCCAUUGUUGCAAAGGCCAGAUUACGAAUCCUUCCUCCACAUGAGUCCACCUCGCCGGCAGAUGACAUCAAAGUUACUUCUAGUCACAUUACGCCGGAUCUCCGCCUCGUCUCGCUGGAACUGGGUAUCCCCGAAGGAGACAUCGAAAAGGUUCUCAAGGCGACCGACUUCCAAUCCUACUGUCUGGCACAGACUUUCUCUCAAUCCCGGGGCUGGCUGAACUAUUUCUCUUAUAACCUCCACGGCUGCAUCAACGUGAAGCAAUUGGAAUAUGCCUGCCAUGCCUUGGUGCAACGGCACGAAGUUCUGCGUGCUCGUUUCGUUGCCCUCCACGGCUCUGUCCAGCAGGUGAUUCCCAGAUAUCGAGCAGAAGAUGUCCGAUUUCAGGUACUUGAAGGGGUUAGUGAGAUGCACAGUCUCGGUCCCUUGGCCAGUCUAGUUCACAAUGAUCCUGCCCCCUCCUUGAAUGAUGUUCUGCUUCGUUUCGUACUCCAUAUCGUUCACCCAGGCCAUAUUCGUCUCACGAUGCGAAUCUCUCAUGCGCAAUAUGAUGGACUCAGCAUGCCUAUCAUCCUCAAGGACCUGGACGCAUUAUACAACGGGAUUGCCUUGGCCCCUCCUGCCAGGUUCUCGGAGUAUGUGGAGGAAAGCCAGCAACUGCUUUCCCAGAACGAGCACGCCCAGCAGUUCUGGCGUCAACUGCUGCAAGGAUCACAAGUCACCCCCAUCGUGGUACGCAGCAAACUCCCCUCGCACUCUUUACAGAAAGAAUAUCCCCUGGAUCAGACCACAAUUCGGACUAUUCGACUGUCACGUUCAAGUUCCGACGCCUCCACCACCCCGGCCACGAUCAUCAAGGCCGCCUGGGCACUCGUGCUCGGCCGUCUCUCGCAACAUCAGGACGUGGUCUUCGGCCACUUGACCAACACUCGGCCCAGCCUGGAUCAUCUGCCAGCCUUUCAUGAGGUUGUCGGUCCCUGUCUCAAUGUGCUUCCUGUGCGCGUCCAGCUCCAGCCGAAUGCCGCACGAAGGGAGCUGCUGGAUGCGAUUCACCAGCAAUAUAUCAGCGCCUUGCCCCAUUCCAUGUUAGGUUUCCGCGAGAUCAUCGAUCACUGCACACAAUGGCCGCCAACCACCCGAUUGAGUUCCAUCCUGCAAUACCAAAACCUGCACCAGGACCUGGACCGUGUUCUCCUUGGCGGGGCCACGGGGAGUCUUGAAGCUUAUGUACCUGCCUCUGACGCUGCCGACCUAUGGAUGAUGGUAACUCCCACGGACAUUUGUGGUGCCGAGAGACUGCAUGAGAUCAAACUGAGCUACAGCGCCGCAAUUAUGCCCUCUUCAGUUGCAGACCGCAUUCUCGACGAAUUUGCCGAUGCGAUUUCGUUCCUCCAAGCCCCCCACGCCUCCGAUGAUGGAUUCCAAUUACAUACCUACAUCGACCAGACCGCGCCCGAAUCCCCACCCACCCUUCCGAUCGAUAGACAACUCGCGGAUACCGACUUGCCGCCACGGGCCGCAAUCAUCGCCGCCGUCAAAGACAUAUGGGAGCAGGUUUUCGGCCCGCAGUUCCAUCGCGAGAAUACCCAGGUGCGCAAGGAGGAGUGCCGGGCGAUGCUGCACACUCCCUUUGGGCCGGAUCCGGUGAGCGCCGCGCAACUGUCGCUGCUCUUCCAGCAGGCCGGGGUGGAAAUCUCGCCGGCAGAGGCGGCCGAGUAUCCGACCAUCUUCCAGCAGAGCUUGCUUUGGGGCUACAAGGUGCGAGAGGGAAGUCGCUGA